GCGAGGCCGCGCAGAGCCGGGUGACGGCCCUGGGGCUGGACACCGCGCAGGUCCGCGCGCACGUGGCCGCGCGGCCCGGCGACGAGGGCGCGCGCGCGCUGCCCGCCUGCGUGAGCGUCGGGACGAUGCUGCCCUCCGGCGGCGCCAAGUGCUACAUGAAGCUCGUCAGGGCGUCGCAGCUGCGCCGGGGGCCCGGGCAGAGGGCCGCGUGCGAACCGGGCGGGCCCCCGGCGCCAGACGAGGCCCGGGCGGGCCUGCUGGUGGUGGCCUUCUCCGCCUCGCAGGGCGAGCCCGAGUGGCUCGGGCUGCUGCGCCGUAUGGCUGGGCAGCGGGCGCGGGCGCUGCCCCCGCCCCGGGGGCCCGUGGCCGCGGAGGUUGACCUCGGUGCCGCCGGCGCGGCGGGCGCCGACGCGGAGAGGGCCAUCUCUCGGCGGCGCGCCAAGGGAGGAGCCCUC